AUGCAGGGGCGAGUAGGGGAUGGACCUGCAGGAGCCGGCGCUUGUUUCGUCGAGGGGUUUCUUUCCGUAGCGGCGCCGACGUCCCGUCACUCGUUCCGUUACUCAGGCCCGCGACCCCCUCCUUCUGGGCAGACGCAGCCGGAGAGUGGCAGUGGGGAGGAGGAUGAGGAGGAGGAGAGUGAGGGCGAGGAGGAUGAGGACGAUGAGGGGAGCGGGGAUGACAGUGAGGCCGGGUGGGAUUUCGAGACGCAUGGCGGUGGGAAAGGGGGGGAUGAUGAGGAGGACCAUGAGAUGGAUGGGUUGGAGCCAGAGGAGGUGGAGGAGGGGGUGGGAGAGGGUGGUGAAGGGGCGGCGACAGAGGCGGCCUCACAGCAUGUGGCUGAAGGAGGAGGGAGCGUGGGGGUUAAGUGA